GUAAAGGGUGGUUGGUUUAACUAACUAACGUGACUAUGUUGGUUCUAUUCGAGACUGCCGCAGGUUAUGCAGUGUUUAAGGUACAUGAUGAAAAAGGUGUUCGUGAGAUUGACGACUUGGCCAAAGCGUUUGAAGACACAGCCACUAUGAAUCAGCUGUAGGUCUUUCUAACAUUUCUCUAUGCCACAGUAAGGAUCCAACUAGAGCGAUUCGUGCAAUUCAAGGACACUAAAGAUGCUUUGGUAGCUGCAUCAGAUAUCUUAGAAGGGAAACUUUCCAAAAAAUUGAAGAAACUUCUUAAGAAGUUGUACGUUAAGGAACUCAGGGACGAUGUGCUUGCAGUAGCUGACAAAAAGUUGUCAGUCGACAUAAAUACGAAGAUGAGCAUACCAACAGUUAGUGACUCCCUCGUACAAAACCUCAUGAGGGGUAUCCGUUGUCACCUGGAUAGCCUGCUCCACUUGUUGAAGACGGUCACAUGAUGAGGAUGCGUUUAGGGUUGGCUCACAGUCUUGACCGCUACAAGCUAAAAUGUAACCCGGACAAGAUUGACACCAUGAUAGUUCAAGCAGUUGGCCUUAUGGAUGAGUUGGACAAAGAAAUUAAUAACUAUAUUAUGCGUGCCAAAGAAAUGUACGGUUGGCAUUUUCCCGAACUAUCAAAAAUCGUGUUGGAUAACAUAACAUAUGUUAAAGUUGUCAAGCGAAUUGGCCACAGAGUCAAUUCAAAUGUAGAUUUGUCUGAUCUAGUCCCUGAAGAGGUAGCUAGCGAGAUACGGGAGGCGUCUAUAGUCUCCCUUGGUACGGAAGUUAUAGAUGAAGACAUCACGAUGAUCAAUGAACUGUGUGACCAGGUAUUGGAGGCUUCUACUUCUCGGGCACAACUUCAUGAUUACCUUGUCAAGCGUAUGGUAGCAGUAGCUCCUAAUCUGACUGCACUCGUCGGUGAACUUCUUGGGGCUAGACUCAUAGCUCGUGCUGGAACCCUUGUCAACUUAGCGAAACACCCAGCAUCAACAGUUCAAAUACUGGGAGCAGAAAAGGCAUUGUUUCGAGCACUAAAGACACGUCAUAACACACCAAAAUACGGCUUGUUGUACCAUGCCAGUUUAGUGACGCAGUCGGAUGUACAGUUCAAAGGCAAGAUGUCCCGAAUGUUGGCUGCGAAGACAUCGCUGUCCGCUCGUUUGGACGCACUUGGCGAAGAAGGAGCUGACACGGAAAUGGGUAUCAGAGCCCGAGCGUACCUGGAAAACCGACUUCGACAGUUGGAAGCCGGAACGGUUAAUAAACAAGAAUGUUUAGAAAAUUUUAUUAUAACUGAACAUCCAAUAUAUUAUCGAUGUUUCACAUUACGUGUACGUCCAACUCCACCUGUACCAGCAGGACCUACAAAUGGUAUACGUUUAAUUCUUUAUCGUGGUUUGGUAAAUGUUUAUCCUUUAUUGAUGGUAGUCGAAGAAGAACCAUCGAUAAUUCAAUCUUCAGAUACAGAUAAAACAGCUUAUUUAAAAGAUGGUUAUUUUAUUGCAUUUCAUGAAGCUAACACUUUCCCAGUAUUUCCUGUACAGUCAUUACCAAAUGGGUUGUCGAUUCGUUUUGGUGAUACAAUGAGAAUUUCAUUGGAGCAAACUUAUCAUGAAGCUGUCAACCUAGUUGGACGUGUUUGUGUUGAUGAAGGGAAAGCUCCAUCUAUUGAAUUAGUUAAAUUUGAUAAACUGUCACGAAGUAAUAGUCAUCCUGGAGAAGAUCUUACACGUUUUAAAUAUACGCGUCAGGCGUGUAUUGCUAUUUUACGACAAAAGUUGACCUAUGAAACAUGUAAAUGUUUCACAGAAUCUUAUUCUAUACCAUAUUCAAUGCGUGAUAUUGGUCAAACUUGGUGUCAUGAUAUAAUGGAUAGCACAACAAAAAUGAUACAGGUUUGGAAUACUUUAAAAUGUGUAGAAAAAGUGGCUAAUCUUUCAGACCAUCAAAUUUUAGAACGAAUACAACCAUCAGUUCUAGGUGAUGGUAUAAAAGAUUGUCCUUUACGUUGUAAACGUCGAUUAAAUAAUAUACAUUCUAUUAUACGAACGAAAACUGUACAAAAUAUUAAUCCGAAAUCAUUAAUACCAUAUUUAGAAAUGCUUCAGUUGAAUACUUUCAAUGAUUCUUAUGUCAAAGCUGAUAGUUCUAUAUUGAAGGCAGAAGAUUUAAUUUUUAUUGAUAUACAUCCUGUUAGUGAGAUGAUUAAUCAGAUUAUUGAAGCACCAGGAUAUUAUCUGGCACGAUUUAUCAGUGAUCUUGGCGGUAUAUCUGGUCUAUAUGUAGGAGUGACUUUCUACACCAUUGCUGAAGUUAUUGAUUUGAUCACACAAUACUUAUAUCUAUACAUACCUUACUUUUACAGGGUAAUAAGACUUCAAAUGUUGAAAGAGAAGAAUAUGACCAAGAAAAUAAAACGACGCCUACAGUUAGCAAUACAUGAAAAAGCAAUUCAUGACAGUGGAAAUAACCAGAAUGCUGUAGAUUCGUGUGUUGAAAUCAAACGGUUUUACGAAGGCGAUUAAUUCAUCAAGUUUUCUUGACUGAUUACUCUGUAGACUACUUAUUUAUUUGUGAGUAGCACACAAAGAUAUAACAUUUUAUUUAUUA